AUGGUGCGGCAAAACUGUAAAAAUCUUGCAGAUAUCGAUGAUACGAGCAACACUGGAUCCCUUAUUGAAGAUUUGGACUUUAUUGUGGGUGUUUCUCAAUUUAAAAAGAGUCAGUUCCAAAACGCAUUGGAAUGCUUUGAAAAGUCUUUAGAUAAGUGUGGAGAUAGCGAGGCUGCCCUUUUAUUUGCGGCAACAAUUUUGUACAUUGGAUUAGAGGUACAAAGAGAUGCGGUGAGAGCAUACACGCUUUUUGAUAGAGCUUUGCUCUUUGAUAGCGCUAUAGCUCAGUAUGUACUUGGGCUCAUGUGUAGGUAUGGAGAUGGUGUGGAAGGUGACUAUAAAAAAUCCAUUGAGUGGUUUAUCCUGUCAGCCAGACUUGGAUGCUCAGCACAGCACAUCCAGAAUAUUUAUCACUUAGUGGAGCCUUCAAGUGAGUUAGAUGAUACCAUGUUUUGGUAUAACGCCAUGACAAAUGCUUCCAAUGAUGAUGACGAGAGUGUUUAUGAGUUUGAUCAGCAUAUGGAGUUAUUGUUUACAAUGAUUAGACGAUUCGAAGAUGAUUAUUAUAUUAAGGUGAAGGGAAAACCUAUACGUUCAGCACAUCCUAAAGCAAACAAGAGCUUUGUUCAACGUAUACGUCAUUUAUGGUACAAGUUAAAACGAGCGAAGCAAAUGGUAUCAUGUUAA